UGGGGACUUUUAAACUUUAAAGGGCUCUGUGGACAACCAGCUGCCAGUGUGUGCCAUGUGUGUGUGAGCUGUACAUUGCUUUCCCAGUCCACUCGCCAGUUUGACCACUUUUUCCAAGCUGAAGACCAACCUGAAGCAUCGCUUGCUUUCCCGAACCCGACAGCCUGUUUAUUGGGAGUUGGCGUGCAGGUACGAGUAGCUGGCAUGGGUGCCUUCAUAGCCAAGAUGCUGCUGCCGACCGUGAGCAGCCUGGUGUUCCUUCCUGCGGCCAGCGUGGCCACCAAGAGAGGAUUCUACAUGGAGGCCAUGGUCUACUUCUUCACCAUGUUCUUCACUGCGAUAUACCACGCGUGUGAUGGACCAGGACUGUCCAUUCUGUGUUUCAUGAAGUACGAUAUCCUGGAGUACUUCAGUGUGUAUGGCACAGCUGUCUCUAUGUGGGUCACUCUGAUCGCUUUGGGAGACUUUGACGAGCCAAGGAGAUCCACUUUGACCAUGUUUGGGGCGCUGACCAGUGGUGUGAGAAUCUAUCAGGAUCGCCUAGGUUACGGAAUCUACGCUGGACCAAUUGGAACAGCUGUGUUCAUGAUCACUGUCAAAUGGUUACAGAAAAUGAAGGAGAACCGAGGCCUGUACCCAGAGAAGAGUGUUUACACGCAGCAGGUUGGACCAGGCUGCUGCUUCGGUGCCCUCGCUCUCAUGCUCCGUUUCUACUUUGAGGAGUGGGACUACGCCUACGUCCACAGCUUCUACCACCUGUCCCUGGCUGUGUCCUUUGUGCUGCUGCUACCCAAGAAGAACCGCUUCGCAGGAACGGGUCAAAACCCGGUCAAGCUGAACUGCUACACCCUCUGCUGCUGUACGCCCAUGCCUUCCUCUGCUAAGUCUCCAAAGGACAAGAAGAAGAAGUCCCCUUCACGGACGGUUUGGACGGUGCCCCGGGAGCGUCCGUGGAUACGGGCCUGCAGCACCCCCACCCUCCCCCUGUACAACCCUCCGUCCACACCCGUCCACAAAGGGCUGGACGUCAGCAGGCUGAAGGAGCUGAACGGAUGGAAGUGAUGCCAGGCAGCUUUACGUGAGAUCAAAACAGGGAGUAGCAUACAAUGAAGGGGCUUUGGUGCUGUAUGCCAAGUCGUUGUGCCCUCGUGUGGUGUGAAGGACCCCACGGGAUAGGGCUGCCCUUCAUCUGCCUGUGCAAAAAUCAAACCCAGGACAGCUGAGGGCUUGAGAAACAAGCCAAUAAAACUGACUGGAAAAUCUGUUUGUAACACAAACCCGACAGACAUUUUAUCUUUCCAAGAUGAAUAAAUUGUUUUCAAACAUUUUCCAGUAGGGACCAGUUCAUCUAAUCCUCUCUUUCCUUCUCUCUGAGAGGAACUAGGCAAAUAAAUUUGGUUAUGAAAAUUACAAGAUUGUAAAAGCACAUUUCGCUAUAUCCCCAAUGUGCCAAACAGGUUGUCUGGUGUAUCAGACUUCAGAGUGCAGCCAAAUGCAGUCCAGACACUGUGCAGUAAACCGACUGCAGGUCUUUUAAAUGGUUCUGGAGUAGCAGGUGUAGACUUGUGCGUCCAUUCCAAUUCACUGACGAAGCAAUUUUGUCUAUAUUCCCUAUCCUAUAGAUUCUCUCACUAAUCCGCAAGUAUUGUGUAAUGUACAUAAUGUUAAUUUAUUGCAUUGGGAAAUGCUAUUUUUAAUUUAAGAUGUUUUUUAUGUC